UGUAUCGCAGCAGUAGUACUCAGUCUGUCCCGCGGAGCUGUCAACACACUGCGAACGGCGAUCUGCCGCGACAACAUUUUUCUCCUCAACUUAGACCGUCUCCCUCUUCAACGACGUUUUCCUUCAGAUAACAGCUACUCCGUCGCCACUAUGACUCGAAGGUGAUCUUCGGCUUGUCCAGGUGGUUCUGGGGUUCCAGGUUGGUUUUGUAAGAGAGCAAGCUAACUGUGGGGAGGAGGACCGCCUGGGACAUUGUGUCCCUGGCUCUCAAGUGACUAAGGAAGGGGCUUGGCAAACUGUUCUGCAGCAUGGAGAAGGAAGACCAUAAAAUCCUCAACAAAGGGGAGGAGGAGGAGAUGGAGCUGCUGGGCUACCGUCUGUGUCGCUGGCGGCUGGCUCUGGUGGGCCUCGGGGUCGUGUGUACAGGGGGCUUCCUCCUCCUGCUGCUCUAUUGGAUGCCAGAAUGGUGCGUCAAGUCCACCUGCACUCGUACCACAGCCCGAGAUGCUGAAGUGGUGUUGAUGCGCUCCACGGAUGAGUUCCGGCGCUGGUUUUUGGCCAGGGUGCGAGUGAUGUUGGCCCCUGGCAGCAACCCCUUCCACAGCCUGGAGACCCAGACCACCUCCCCCUCCUCUCCUACCUGCCCCUUCUCCUCCCCUACCUCCCCCCCUCUGGCCAAUGGACAUAACCCUCACCCCUCAGAUGGCAGACCCGCUCAGGAGCUCAUUAGAAGAUUUGCCGAAUACCAGCCCAAACAGAUUCGCUAUUUUACCUUUCAUAGCACAAAGUAUUAUUGGAAUGAUGAGAUGCAGAACUUUGAAGUUUUAACUGGCCUGGAGGAUCUGCAGGUUAGCUGCUCCACCCUCCACUCGGAGCACAGUGAAGGCCUGACCCGGAGCCAGCAGGAGUACAGGAGACUGUUCUUUGGAGUGAAUGAAAUUGCAGUGAAAGUGCCUUCUGUUUUCAAGCUGCUUAUCAAAGAGGUCCUCAACCCUUUCUACAUCUUCCAGCUCUUCAGUGUGAUCCUGUGGAGUGCUGAUGAGUAUUACUACUAUGCUGUGGCCAUUGUUUUCAUGUCGGUCAUAUCCAUAGCUACCUCUCUGUACACCAUCAAAAAGCAAUAUGUCAUGCUUCACGACAUGGUGGCAGCUCACAGUAUUGUUCGUGUGUCUGUAUGCCGAGCCAAUAAUGAUAUCGAAGAGGUUUUGUCUACUGAUCUGGUGCCCGGUGAUUUGAUAGUCAUCCCCAGCAAUGGGACCAUCAUGCCAUGUGACGCUGUGCUGGUCAGUGGCACAUGCAUUGUCAAUGAAAGCAUGCUCACAGGGGAGAGUGUUCCUGUGACAAAAACCAACCUUCCAAACCCAGGACCAGGGGAGAGGGGGGACGAGGCGAGUGGUGCCUACAACACAGAGGAGCAUAAGAGACACACUCUCUUCUGCGGCACCAAUGUCAUCCAAACACGUUUCUACACAGGCGAGCUAGUCAAGGCUGUGGUUGUCCGCACAGGUUUCAGCACAGCCAAAGGCCAGCUGGUCCGCUCCAUCCUUUACCCCAAACCCACUGACUUCAAGCUGUACCGUGAUGCCUACCUCUUCUUGCUGUGCUUAGUGGCUGUUGCUGGCAUCGGCUUCGUAUACUCCAUCAUCCUCAGCGUCAUGCACAGGGUGCCAGCUAAGACCAUUAUUAUUGAAUCCCUCGACAUCAUCACCAUCACUGUGCCACCAGCGUUGCCAGCCGCCAUGACAGCUGGCAUUGUGUAUGCCCAGCGCCGCCUGAAAAAUAUUGGAAUUUUCUGCAUCAGCCCCCAAAGGAUCAAUAUCUGUGGACAAAUCAAUCUGGUCUGCUUUGACAAAACUGGAACUCUGACCGAAGAUGGACUCGACCUGUGGGGAAUCCAGAGAGUCGAGAAUGGAAGUUUCCACCUGUCAGAGGAAAAUGCCUACAAGGAGAAUCUUGUCAAGACCCAGUUUGUGGCUUGCAUGGCCACCUGCCACUCUCUGACCAAAAUAGAAGGCCAGCUGUCUGGAGACCCGCUAGAUCUCAAAAUGUUUGAGGCUACAGGCUGGAUCCUGGAGGAAGCCACAGAGGAGGAAACGUCUCUCCAUAAUCGUAUCAUGCCCACCGUCGUUCGACCCCCAAAGCAGCUGCUGCCUCCAGAGCCCACAGUAUCACCGGAGCAGGACAUGGAACUUUGUGAACUCCCGUCGGUGUACGAGAUAGGUAUUGUGCGCCAGUUUCCCUUUUCCUCAGCGCUUCAGAGGAUGAGUGUUGUAUCUCGCCUUCUGGGGGAGAAACGAAUGGAUGCUUAUAUGAAAGGGGCUCCGGAGGUGGUGGCUAGUCUGUGCAAGAAAGUGACAGUCCCAGAGAACUUUGCAGAGAUUUUAGAGAGCUACACUAAGCAGGGAUUCAGAGUCAUUGCUCUGGCUCAUCGUCGGCUUGAGUCCAAACUUACGUGGCACAAAGUCCAGAAUGUCAACAGAGAUCACAUUGAGACCAAUAUGGAGUUCCUGGGUCUAAUCAUCAUGCAGAACAAGCUGAAGCCAGAAACACCCAGUGUGCUGCAGGACCUUCAUCGAGCCAACAUCCGCACCGUCAUGGUCACUGGUGACAACAUGCUGACGGCUAUCUCAGUAGCUCGGGACUGUGGCAUGAUCCCUCCCCAUGACACAGUGAUCAUCGCUGAUGCUCUCCCUCCCCAUGACGGACAUGCCGCCAAAAUCACCUGGAGAUACGCUGACAAACCCAGCAAUGCAAAUCGCCUGGAGGAGGUCAACAUCAGCCUGGAGGAUGUUUGUCACAUUGAUGAACCCAAAACACAGGAGCUAUACCACUUCGCUAUGAAUGGAAAAUCCUUUGCUGUAAUCACUGAGCAUUUCCCUGAUAUGCUUCAAAAGUUGGUGCUCCAUGGGACAGUGUUUGCCCGAAUGGCGCCUGACCAGAAAACUCAACUCAUUGAAGCACUUCAGGGAGUAGACUACUUUGUGGGGAUGUGCGGUGACGGAGCAAAUGACUGUGGGGCUCUGAAGAGAGCUCAUGGUGGGAUCUCUCUGUCAGAGUUGGAAGCCUCUGUUGCCUCUCUCCGUUCACCUCAAGGACCCCCAACAUCUCCUGCGUACCGAGCCUCAUCAGGGAGGGACGUGCUGCUCUUAUCACCUCCUUCUGUGUGUUUAAGUUUAUGGCUCUCUACAGCAUCAUUCAGUAUAUCAGCGUCACUCUCCUUUACCUCGAUUUUCAGCAAUCUUGGAGACUUUCAAUUCCUCUUCAUUGACAUUGCCAUCAUCCUACUUAUUGUUUUUACCAUGAGUCUGAACCCAGCGUGGAAGGAACUGGUGCCCGUCCGCCCCCCAUCAGGUCUGAUCUCAGGGCCUCUGCUAUUCCCGGUGCUGACCCAGAUCCUCAUCUGCUUGGGCUUCCAGGUCCUGACGUUCUUGUGGGUCCAACAGCAGCAUCGGGGUUACACAGUCUGGAAUCCAACUACAGAUGUUUGCAACCAGUCAUCACACAUUAAUGUAUCUGAAGACAACACAGAAGUGGACGACCACAACACAAACUUUGAGAACACCAGCCUCUUCUACGUGUCCUCCUUCCAGUAUCUCAUUGUUGCGAUCGUUUUCUCUAAAGGCAAACCUUUCAGGCAGCCUAGCUACAAGAACUGGCCUUUUGUCGUCUGCACUGUGGGCCUGUAUGCUUUCUUGCUUAUCUUGUUUCACCCGUGGAAAGCAUUGAUGAAUUCUAGAGAUUGUUUGUGUCCCGUUGAAUGGAGGUGGAGACUUUUCUUCAUUGUCUUAGUCAAUGUGGCUGUGUCUGUUCUGGUGGAGACCUUCAUCCUUGACAUCGUCUUAUGGAAGCUUGUGUUCAGCCGCGACAAACAGGGCAACUUUGGCGUCACCCCUGCUGCCCAGACACAACAGGUUGGAAUUGACCUGAGUGCAUUCAAGUGUCUGUCCGGGCUGUGCGGUCAGCGCAAGAUGGUGCCCAAAGCUCGCUACAUGCAUUUGGCUCAGGAGCUCAGCGUGGACCCCGACUGGCCUCCGAAGCCGACCACCACCACCGAAGCCAAGCCUCGCCCAGAAAACGGUUCCACCUAUCAAAUGAUAAUGAACUCAUAGCAUUCUUAAAGCAUUUACAUCUAGCCGAUCUACCUGUCACACAGAACACACACACAUGAAGAUGUUUCACUGAAUAUUCAUGUAUUGAGAUGGAAGUGAGAGUCAGCGAGCUUUUCUUCUCCGUUGUAACGAUGCCAUGAUUUUCAGUCAGCGUAGCACUCAAAUUAUUGACGUUGCUUCCAGGACUUUCUCUGUAGGGUUGUACUACGUCCUUCCCCAUCUUUGCUUCACAGGUUAAAAAUUUUGAAGUUUGGGGGUGGUGGGGAACAAGAACAUAAAACAUCAUUGAAGUUAAAUAUUUUCUGUUUCCUUUUCUCUUUUGCAGAGCAGCAUUCAGUUUGGGCUGCAAUGAGAAUACGUUAAUCCCACAUGUGAAUCGAUUCCGAUUGCCUGUGCAGGUUUAACACUCCUUAUUUUGUCUGCCUUAAAGUUAAACCACAUUUCAGACUCACCGUGUACAAAAACUAGUGCUGAUGAUCGCAGCUCUGAACACAAUUAAGAUUUAUCGCACAAUUUAUGAACUUGAAGCCAACACACAAACUCGCCAAUUUAAUGCACAAAAAUGGCUUUAUCUGAAUCUUUUAACGUAAGUGGAGCAGAUUCACACCAGAAAACACUCAGAAAUGUGGAAUUUGAGCCAUCCAACAUUUUCAAGUUGAGAUGCUCAAGGGAAGGCCAGUCCCAGUUUCCCUUUCGGUGUUGAACAGUCCAAAACAUAGACAUUCACAGUAGACUAAUUAACAUUUUCAAGCUUCAAAUGAGGAAUCAAAUCCUCAAUUCACCUGAACUGCACAGGGAUGAGAAAAACAAUGACGUCCCAAUGACAGUAAAAUGAGUUUUCUCUCUUAUUUCCCUUCUUUGAGCCAAUUGCUAACCCUAACCCUAAUCUUGCGAAUAAAGACAUUAAUCAUUGACAGCCCUCCAUUAAUUAAUCACUGUGCUGCCAGUUUUAAUGUGAUUAAAUCUGGCAGCACAAAUAAAAACCCAUAUUCUCUUACAACUAAUAUGAAUCCCAAUAACUUCAGAUUCCAUCAGCGCAAGAUUUUAAAUUUAACAUAAAGAGAGCAGGUGUUUAAGAGAUACUGUUGUCAUUUAAAGUACUGCAUAAUGUUGAAAAGUGUGUGCAUCAUUGGAAGAAUAUAAAAGAUUAAAAGGGUGUUCGUACUCUAAAACUGAGAUAAUCUUGGUGAUUGGCAAAUCUACAUGAUGCUGCACUGUGGCAGCAGUAAAUAUAGUUUUCUCUUCUUUUGUGUCGGCACAGUUGUUUGGCAGGUCUGAGCAAAGUGGGGUCUGAUUGCUACUGUGUAGCAGUCUCAUAAAGCAUCAACAUGCUGACUGAACCCUGGCUAGCACACAAAAGACAGGCUAACAAAAUGUAUUUCACAGCUCGCCCUGAAGUGAAGCAAAUGACUCAUUAAAGCGCAAUCAGUUAUAGAAGAGGUGAUAUUAAAGCGACACUAAGGAACUUUUCAACCUUAAUAAAACAUUUUAAUAUCUUUUGUGAUGAUACAUCGACUUACAACGGGUUGAAUGACCCCUCUGUCAC